GGCCCUUCAGGAGAGCGUCAAGAUGACAGCGGCCAAGGAACUGCAACUUCCAGGAUGCUUUGCGGCUAUUCCUUUCACCUUCUUCAGCCCCGCUCGCCACUGUCCCCUUCGGCCCCUUCUCUAUGCCGCACAGCCUGUUUAGAAAGGCUGGUCCGGUGGCUGAGCCUGGCGCUGUCCUGAGAGGGAGGGCUCGGUGUGGAAGAGAUGAACCGGACAAAGGGUGACGAGGAGGAAUAUUGGAACAGCUCCAAGUUCAAGGCUUUCACUUUUGAUGAUGAAGAUGAUGAGCUGUCACAGUUAAAAGAGUCCAAACGAGCAGUGAACAGCCUUCGAGACUUCGUGGACGAUGAUGAUGACGAUGACCUGGAGCGAGUCAGCUGGACUGGAGAACCCGUGGGAAGUAUCUCAUGGUCCAUCAAAGAGACUGCUGGGAACAGCGGGUCAACCCCUGAAGGACGGGAGCAGCUAAAGGGCCGAAACACUUUCUACACACAACUACCCAAACCUACUUCUACCUACUCCCUGAGCAGCUUCUUUAAAGGCAGAACGAGACUUGGGAGCUUCCAGUCCCUUUCUGAUGCUCUGUCAGACACAGCUGCCAAAAGUUAUGCUCCGGAGCUGGGGAGGCCUAAAGGGGAGUACAGGGACUAUAGCAAUGACUGGAGUCCCAGUGACACAGUGCGACGCCUCCGCCGGGGCAAGGUCUGCUCACUAGAACGAUUCCGCUCCUUACAGGACAAGCUGCAGCUCCUAGAGGAAGCAGUAAGCAUGCAUGACGGAAACGUCAUCACUGCAGUUCUGAUCUUCCUGAAGAGGACCUUAAGCAAAGAGAUCCUCUUCCGAGAGUUGGAGGUACGCCAGGUCGCCCUGAGACAUCUCAUUCAUUUCCUUAAAGAAAUAGGGGACCAAAAGCUGCUUUUGGAUCUCUUCAGGUUCCUAGAUAGAACAGAAGAGCUGGCGCUAACCCAUUAUCGAGAGCAUUUAAACAUUCAGGACCCUGAAAAACGAAAAGAAUUUCUUAAGACUUGCAUUGGUUUGCCGUUUUCAGCAGAAGACUCUGCGCACAUACAAGACCACUACACGCUCCUGGAACGCCAGAUCAUCAUUGAGGUAAACGACCGACAUCUAGAGUCUGCGGGCCAGACUGAGGUCUUCCGAAAGCACCCCCGUAAAGCUUCCAUUGUCAACAUGCCACUGGUGACGACGCUCUUCUAUGCCUGCUUCUAUCACUACACAGAGUCCGAGGGGACCUUCAGCAGUCCCGUCAACCUGAAGAAGACAUUCAAGAUCCCAGAUAAACAAUAUGUGCUAACGGCCUUGGCUGCUCGUGCCAAGCUUCGAGCCUGGAAUGAUGUUGAUGCCCUCUUCACCACAAAGAACUGGCUGGGUCACACCAAGAAGAGAGCGCCCAUUGGCUUCCAUCGAGUCGUGGAAAUUUUGCACAAGAACAGUGCCCCUGUCCAGAUACUGCAGGACUAUGUCAAUCUGGUGGAAGAUGUGGACACAAAGCUGAACUUAGCCACUAAGCUCAAGUGCCAUGAUGUUGUUAUUGAUACCUGCCGCGACCUGAAGGACCGUCAGCAGUUGCUUGCCUACAGGAGCAAAGUUGAUAAAGGAUCUGUUGAGGAAGAGAAGAUCGAUGCCAUCCUCAGCAGUUCGCAAAUUCGAUGGAAGAACUGAGCGUUGUUCGCUGUCCUGAAACCUGCCUCACUUCUUACUUCUUUUCUGCCUGUGAAGAUAGAGGGUUCUUUUCUUGGGAGAGUCCCAGCAUCAGCCACAUGAACCUGCCACCCGCAGGCAGGGCCUGCUGCUUUGGGGACAGAAACCAGCAUCUGAGCCCAUGAACUUCAGGCUGGUGUGUCCAAGGGAUAUUAGCUAAAGGCCAGUACCUGAGGCUUUGACUCCCAGCAAAGAUGCUCUGCACCUGCUGCUGUGGAGAGGUGGGAGCCCAUCAGGUGUCUCGGUCAGAGAAGUGACUGCCCCGGAAGGACAUCUGAACUAAGAGCUACAGUGUCACAAGGCGGUCAAGACAAGCCCUCUUGGCCACUAUGACCCAGGACCCGGUGUUAGACAUUGACAUUUCUGCUCUAAAGGAAGUCAGAACUGAAUGGACUCUUCAAGAGCCGCAGGAAAGGAUACCAGUAUUGCUCAGGACCUGCUGGAAACCAGACUCAAAUUCUCAAGCACAGGGCCACCCAUCUUAUGACAGACGCUUCCUAGACGUGGUAUCUUCAGCCAGGAUCCAUCCGCUGUCCCUGUCGAGUUUUUGUUCAUAACUUAGGGUCCCGCUCUCCCUGCACACUGUGGGUGGUGCGCCAUCUGCUGAUCCUGUCCCUCCUCCGGUCUCAGAUACAGUCUUGGAGUUCAGACCCCCCCGUGCUGAAGCACUCUUUCAUGCAGACACCAUUUCACCAGAAGCAGCCACAAGUCUCAGCUGAGCUAAUGUGGCCCAACUUCACUCGACAUCUCAACAGAGGUUUUGUUCCCCACUCGGCCUGCUGGGGACCUCAGCAGUGUUAGAUUCUGCUCUGGGCCUCCCUGAACUGGAUUUCCCUGACAUGCCUACACUCCUAAUAAAACUGUUGCAAUCUUGGUGCCUUCUCUUCCCUA